CAGCAACAUGCCCAGCUCCGGGGCCGGACCCCGCUUCCGGUGGUGCGGGUUGCCCUGUGACUAACGCCGGCGCACGUCAGCGACACCGGGACAGACGACACGGCCCACCGCCCGGAGGCAUUGAGAACGGCAAGCAACAUGUCGCUGACUAACGCGUCCCCCGCCGACGCCGCGCAGGCGGCCAAAUCGGCAUCGCACGUGCUGGCGACGCUCUCGGCCGACGCGCGCAACGAGGCACUCACGGCCAUCCACGCCGGCCUUGCCGCCGCCCGCGACGACAUCCUCGCCGCCAAUGCUCGCGACCUCGAGCUGGCCCGCCAGGCCGCCGCCGACGGCAAGCUGAGCCAGAGCCUGGUGGCCCGCCUCGACCUCGGCAAGAAGGGCAAGUGGGAGGACAUGCUCAAGGGCAUCCUCGACGUGCGCGACCUCGACGAUCCCGUCGGCCGCGUCACCCUGCGCACCCGCCUCGACGACGGCCUCGAGCUCGAGCGGGUCACCUGCCCCAUCGGCGUGCUGCUCAUCAUCUUCGAGGCUCGCCCCGAGGUCAUCGCCAACAUCGCCGCCCUCGCCAUCAAAUCCGGCAACGCCGCCAUCCUCAAGGGCGGCAAGGAGUCGACCGAGUCGUUCGUCGCCAUCUCGCGCGUCAUCUCGGCCGCCCUCGAGAGGACCCAGGUUCCCAACGACGCCAUCCAGCUGGUGACCACCCGCGACGUCAUCCCCGAGCUGCUCGCCCUCGACCAGCACAUCGACCUGGUCAUCCCGCGCGGCUCCAACGACCUCGUCCGCUACAUCAAGAACACCACCCGCAUCCCCGUGCUCGGCCACGCCGACGGCCUCUGCGCCAUCUACCUCGAGCAGUCCGCCGACCCGGCCAUGGCCGCAGAAGUCAUCGUCGACUCCAAGACGAACUACCCCGCCGCCUGCAACAGCCUCGAGACCCUCGUCGUGCAGGAGGCCGCCCUGCCCACCCUCCUGCCCGCGGUCGCCGCCGCGCUCGCCGCCAAGGGGGUCGAGCUGCGCUGCGACACCGCGAGCAAGGCCGCGCUGCAGCACGUCCCCGGCCUCAACCUCGUCGACGCCGUCGAGGCCGACUACGACACCGAGUUCCUCUCGCUGACGCUGGCCGUCAAGACGGUCGCGUCGCUCACCGAGGCUGUCGCGCACAUCAACGCGCACGGUUCGCACCACACCGACUGCAUCCUGACGGCGUCGCGCGAGCAGGCCGAGCAGUUCAUGGCCGCCGUCGACUCGGCCGGCGUCUACUGGAACGCGUCGACCCGCUUCGCCGACGGCACUCGCUACGGCUUCGGCACCGAGGUCGGCAUCAGCACCAACAAGAUCCACUCGCGCGGGCCCGUCGGCUUGGAGGGCCUGAUGAUCUACAAGUACAAGCUGCGGGGGAGCGGCCAGGUCGCCGCAGUCUAUGGCGAAGGGGACGGCAAGAAGAGGUUCUUGCAUCAGAGGUUGCCUUUGGAGUAGGGGCUAGAAAAAAGUAAGGAAAGGGAAAAAUAAAAAUAAACAUGGAUCCGGAUACCCGCUUGCUCAUUAGGGUGUGA